CGCAUGCCCAACCGCGUUCUCGUCGUAUUUGGGCCCUCUGGCGUCGGCAAAGGCUCCACAAUUCGCCGCGCGCGCGAGCGUUUCGGCGCCGCCGUCGCCUUAUCGAUCUCGCACACCACGCGCGCGCCGCGCGAGGGCGAAGCACACGGCGUCGACUACUACUUCGUCAGCAAGCCCGAGUUCGAACGCAUGCUCGCCGCCGGCGAGCUCGUCGAGCACACGCGCUACAACGACAACUACUACGGGACCAGCGUUGCCGAACUGCAGCGGCUCGCGCAGGCGCCCGGCGCCGUGCCGAUCGUCGAAGUCGAAGUGGAAGGCGUGCAGAAGCUGCAGCAACUGCCCGACCUCGGCGCGUUCUACCUGGUCAUGAAGCCGCCGAGGGUCGAGGUGCUGCGUGCGCGGCUGCGGCUGCGCGGCACCGAGACCGAGGCCGAGAUCGAGCGUCGCUGCGCGCGCGCGCGCGAAGAGCUCGCGCUGUACGAGCGCUGCCACGUGGACUACACGCUCGUCAACGACGACCUCGACGCGGCCUGCCGCGAAAUUAAAGUGUGA